CUACCCACCGGGUGUAUAAAGUUUUUUCCGGAUCGAGUCAGCUUAGUGUUGAAUUAUGGAAUCAAAGGCAUGACUUAAAGAAAGUGGUACUUCUCCCAAUUUUCUCCUUGUACCAUUUUUCUCUUCGAAUGUCUGACCAUUUUAGUAGCUUUCCUGUUUUGCUCUUCAUUUUGUAGCUCGAAAAAUAUUUUUAAUGCAGUUACAAUUUGCGGAAAUGACAAUUAAUUCCCAAAUUUGUUUCAAUAAUUGCUCACAAAAAGCAAACCCUAGAUCUUAACAAAAUUUCUUCGAUCGAUUUCAAAGCUCUAUUUUGGUUUGAAUUUCGUCAGUGGAUUUUAGAUCCACUGGUUCUAAGAUGCCGGUGGCAGCUUCUGCAAUAUAUUUCUUGAAUCUUCGUGGCGAUGUUCUUAUCAAUCGCCUCUAUCGCGAUGAUGUCGGGGGAAAUAUGGUCGAUGCAUUCCGAAUGCAUAUUAUGCAAACAAAGGAACUUGGUACAUGUCCGGUGAGGCAGAUAGGAGGCUGCUCUUUUCUUUAUAUGAGAAUUAGCAAUGUGUAUAUUGUAAUUGUCGUCAGUAGCAAUGCUAAUGUAGCUUGUGCUUUCAAGUUUGUUGUUGAGGCUGUGAAUCUUUUCAAAUCUUACUUUGGUGGACAAUUUGAUGAAGAUGCUAUUCGAAAUAAUUUUGUCCUGAUAUAUGAGCUGUUAGAUGAAAUCAUGGAUUUUGGAUACCCACAGAAUCUUUCACCUGAAAUUUUAAAGCUUUACAUUACGCAAGAGGGUGUACGUUCACCAUUUUCGUCGAAGCCUAGUGAUAAACCAGUGCCAAAUGCAACGUUGCAAGUAACUGGCGCUGUUGGAUGGCGAAGAGAAGGUCUUGUUUAUAAGAAGAAUGAGGUGUUCCUAGAUAUUGUGGAAAGUGUCAAUCUUCUUAUGUCUUCAAAAGGUAGUGUGCUGCGGUGUGAUGUUACGGGAAAGAUUCUUAUGAAGUGCUUCCUGUCGGGAAUGCCUGAUUUGAAGCUGGGAUUAAAUGAUAAAAUUGGUUUGGAGAAAGAGUCACAAUUGAAAGCGCGUCCAGCAAAAAGUGGAAAGACAAUUGAGUUGGAUGAUGUAACAUUUCACCAAUGUGUGAAUUUGACGAGGUUCAACUCAGAGAAGACUGUCAGCUUUGUCCCUCCAGAUGGUGAAUUUGAACUGAUGAAAUAUCGUAUUACUGAGGGUGUUAAUCUCCCCUUCCGGGUAUUGCCGACGAUCAAGGAAUUGGGUAGGACACGUAUGGAAGUCAAUGUUAAGGUCAAGAGUGUGUUUGGUGCAAAAAUGUUUGCUCUUGGAGUUGUGAUCAAAAUUCCAGUUCCCAAACAAACAGCAAAUACAAACUUCCAAGUGACUUCUGGUAGAGCAAAGUAUAAUCCAUCUAUUGAUAGCUUAGUCUGGAAGAUAAGAAAAUUUCCUGGUCAGACAGAGUCGACAUUAAGUGCUGAUGUAGAGUUGAUUUCUACCAUGGGAGAGAAGAAGUCCUCAACAAGGCCCCCAAUUCAAAUGGAAUUCCAGGUUCCUAUGUUCACAGCAUCAGGAUUACGUGUUCGUUUCCUCAAGGUAUGGGAGAAAAGUGGCUACAACACUGUUGAGUGGGUUCGUUAUAUUACAAAGGCUGGUUCCUACGAAGUAAGGUGUUAAGCUGACAGCUCAGUCACCAAAACGAAUUUUGUGACAGUUUUCUAGUGAUAUUAUGGAACUUAGCAGACGGAUGUUUUAACUAACCAUGGCAGCAGUAGUUAUCGAGUUUACAUAAACCUUGCCUGGCUAAUCUUCCGGGCACUGUUGUCCAGAAAUAUCUUAUUACAUCUUUCGAUCACCUCAUCAUCAAAUCUUUUUACCCCCUUGUAUCUUAGUAAUUCAAUGUUCAAUAGCAUAGUAUAUGUUGAUAUGAUUAUUUGCAAUUAUAGUGUGGAAAGAAAUGUCUUUUGUAAAAAACAAUAUUGGAAUUAUGCCAAGCGAAUUGCGGCGUUUUGAUAGUUCGUCUGUUUUGGAGAGAUCCUCUCCACAGUGAAGUUGAUUGUUAAUUUUGAUCAUUGUAAGAUUCAGAAUUUUGUUGUGCA